AGGGGUUGCGGUGGGAUAUGCUAAUAGAGCCUGGCCGCUGGGGCCGGCCUCCCUCCCUCAAGAAUAUAUAAAGAGCCCUAACCCCAGCCUGGCCAACCCGGGCCGCCAGGCGCCUGCCUUUGCUAAUUACCAGAGCGACCGACCAGGGAGCUGCACCGGGUGUGCGGUGUGCGGGGCCCCAGCCUCCAGGUCCUCCUCAUCCCUCCUCGCUGCUUACUGUGCAGGGGCACCGCCUGCGCGGCCCCUGGGGAUGGACGUGAUGGAAGGCUGCCAGUUCUCGCCUUCUGAGUAUUUCUACGACGGCUCCUGCAUCCCAUCCCCCGAGGAGGGCGACUUCGGGGACGAGUUUGAGCCUCCCGUGGCCACCUUCGGGGCGCACAGAGCGGAGCUGCCGGGCUCUGACGAGGACGAGCACGUGCGAGCACCCUCGGGCCACCACCAGGCCGGCCACUGCCUCCUGUGGGCCUGCAAGGCGUGCAAGAGGAAGGCCACCACCAUGGACCGGCGGAAGGCGGCCACCAUGCGCGAGCGGAGGCGCCUCAAGAAGGUCAACCAGGCCUUCGAGACGCUCAAGAGGUGCACCACCACCAACCCCAACCAGAGGCUGCCCAAGGUGGAGAUCCUCAGGAACGCCAUCCGCUACAUCGAGAGCCUGCAGGAGCUGCUGCGGGAGCAGGUGGAGAACUACUACGGCAUGGGCAUGCCGGGACAGAGCUGCUCCGAGCCCGCCAGCCCCACCUCCAACUGCUCCGACGGCAUGCCUGAAUGUAACAGCCCCGUCUGGUCCAGAAAGAGCAGCAGUUUUGACCGCAUCUACUGUCCUGAUAUACCAAAUGUGUAUGCCACAGAUAAAAGCUCCUUAUCCAGCCUGGAUUGCUUAUCCAGCAUAGUGGAUCGGAUCACCAACUCAGAGCAACCUGGAUUGCCUCUGCAGCACCCGGCUUCUCUCUCCCCAAUUGCCAGCACUGAUUCACAGCCUGCAACCCCAGGGGCGUCUAGUUCAAGGCUAAUCUAUCAUGUCCUAUGAACUAAAAGUCUAGUUUCCAUCAGUUCUGCCAGGAGGACCUACAGAAAGACAGAUGCCCAAAGAGUCCAAAAGCAAGUCAACUCACAUAUAAAAUAUUUCCCUUCCGUUGUAAAUUUGUACAUAUUAUCUUGCCACUUUAUAAGAAAUGUAUUUAACUAAAAAGUGACCAUUGCCAUUAAUACUUCUUUCUUUUUUCAUCCUUCCUCUCCCCCCACCCCCCUUCUCUUUUAUUCUUAUUCUUUGCUUUAGAUACUUAGUUCCAAUAAUAUUAUUUCUGAUAGGGAGCAAUUUAUUGAAGGUAGCUUAUUGCAAUGCUUAAAUUAUAUUUCUUAUUAAUAUCGCUUAUCAAAAUAUUACCUUUGGUGUUUAGAUCUUUAUUUUUUUCUUCCAAACAUUAGAACAGCUGGAAAAGUUAGUUAUAGAAAAAUUUAAACAUAUUUAACUUUUUUCUCUUUAAUUUUUUGGUUAUAUUGUAUUAAAUAAAAAUAUAAUAAUACUGUCUAAUGGUAUAUAUUUUAUCUUUUCUUAUGAGAAAUACAUCUUUUUAAUGUAAGCACAAAAUAGUACUUUGUGGAUAAUUUCAAGAUUCAAGACAUUUUGAAAAUUCCACCAUAAAUAAAAUUGUUUAAAUGAAGAAAUAUUUUGCUUCAUUUUUUGAAAAAAUACCCCUAAUGGAAUUAGCAGUCAUUGACAUAAAACCUUUAAGGUAGGACCGAAAAUAACAAAGCAGUUGGUUUAGAUGAUAAACCUGAAUAUUUACCAUCUCAUGACUCAGUUUAUGUCCUGUUGAUGUCACAAAUUUAAAAAAAGCAUGUUUCCAUUUUAAUAAUAUUUCAAGGGAGCCUGCUAAAUAAAAUUGUCCCUUUAAAUGUUGUACCAUUAAUGUAAGUUUGUCUGUGUGUGUGGAGGAAGAUAGAAAUUAUUCAGGACAACAAUAUAUGCUUAAA